UCUCAUUAUUUUAUUAAAAAAUCAAAGUCCCGUUUUGCUUCGAAUCAGAACAGUUUGUGGGAGCCAUACCUGAAAAUCUCCGCCUGCGCUGAUUUCAUACCAAUUUAAAUAUUAAAAGCUGUCUGCUUCUCUCUCAUCCAAAGGCCAUUCUCUCUCUCUCUAGGGUUUAGCCAUUUCAUUUUGGUUUUAUUGAUACAAAAAAAAAAAAGUACAGCUGAAAAUCUCGGUUAGUCAUCGGAUUUUAAUCGGGAAAUGGCGUUUUCCUCUUCGAUCCUCAGAUCUGCGCCUUCGCCGGUUGUCGAUGCCGACGCUUUCCGCCACUCCGAUAUCUCCAAGGUAUCAUGCCGGCACCUUAAUCAUAAUGCUAACUCCAUGAAGUUCCAGUCUAGCAUCUUUGGAACUAAUAUCCUGGCAUAUUCAUCUUCAUUAGAGAAGGUUACUGCCCGUAGUGUUCAGCCUAUCAGAGCCACGGCGACAGAAAUACCUCAAACAUUGCCAAAAUCAAGAGGCAGUGGGAAAACAAAGAUUGGCAUCAAUGGUUUUGGACGUAUUGGAAGAUUAGUUUUACGCAUUGCAACUUUUAGGGAUGAUAUCGAGGUUGUUGCUGUUAACGACCCUUUCAUUGAUGCAAAGUACAUGGCAUACAUGUUCAAGUAUGACUCGACCCAUGGACCUUACAAGGGGACCAUUACAGUCGUAGAUGAUUCAACUUUAGAAAUCAAUGGAAAGCAAAUUAAAGUUAGCAGCAAAAGGGAUCCAGCAGAGAUUCCUUGGGGUGAGUUUGGGGCUGAGUAUGUCGUCGAGUCUUCUGGCGUCUUUACAACUAUCGAUAAAGCAUCAGCACACAAAAAGGGUGGUGCAAAGAAAGUUGUAAUCUCAGCUCCAUCGGCCGAUGCUCCUAUGUUUGUGGUUGGUGUAAACGAGACUACUUACAAACCGAGCAUGGAUGUCGUCUCCAAUGCCAGCUGUACCACCAAUUGCCUUGCUCCCCUUGCCAAGGUGGUACAUGAAGAGUUUGGUAUUUUGGAGGGUUUAAUGACAACUGUCCAUGCAACAACAGCCACACAGAAGGCGGUUGAUGGACCUUCAAUGAAGGACUGGCGAGGUGGCCGUGGAGCAGGGCAGAACAUCAUACCUAGUUCCACCGGUGCUGCAAAGGCUGUUGGAAAAGUUCUUCCGGAACUUAACGGAAAGCUCACUGGAAUGGCCUUCCGUGUUCCCACUGCUAAUGUCUCUGUUGUGGACUUGACUAUUCGACUCGAGAAGAGCGCUUCUUAUGAAGAUGUGAAAGCAGCAAUAAAGUAUGCAUCGGAAGGUCCAAUGAAUGGCAUCCUUGGGUACACGGAUGAAGAUGUCGUCUCCAAUGACUUUGUUGGUGACUCAAGAUCGAGCAUAUUUGACGCAAAGGCCGGCAUAGGUCUUAGCAAGUCUUUCAUGAAGCUUGUCUCGUGGUACGACAACGAGUGGGGUUACAGUAACCGGGUGUUGGACCUGAUAGAGCAUAUGGCUUUGGUGGCGGCCACUAAAUAGAGCAGCUGCUGUUUAAGUGAAGUUAUUUUUAUGCAAUCAAAGAGUUUGCUUUUUAGUUUUUUUUUUUUUUUUUUUUUUUAAAUUUGGAUGAAUUUGAAGGGCUUCAAAAAUUAUUGUAUUAGCAGUCUUAAGAAUUUAAUAACUCAUUUAGAUAUACAUACAUUGGUUUGAAAAUUGGAUGUCACUCCACAGACCUUUGCCAUAAAUAAUACCAUCUGGAUUUGUAUUCUGUUUCA